AUGGGCUUGGAGCCAUUGGAAGGGCCGUACGUCAGGGAGAGGAGGCGGCCCAUCUUCAGCUUUGACGAGGACUUCACCUACAGCCUCCUGGAGCCGGUCUUCCGGGAUCUCGGCCGGGGCGCGGACUUUGAGCGCCUCUCCGAGGAGAGCCAAAGGAAGUUCUGCCGGGAGCUGGACAGAUGUGACGUGGAGGUGGAGCCCGAAUCUUGCGAGGAGUACCUGGACUCUUUGGUGCGCCUCUGCAGCGACAUCACCCGGGAGUGCACGGGGAAGAGCUUCAAGGAGUGGCGCCUGGCUGGGCACGCAGAGCUGGAGCUGCGCAAGGCAUGGCGGCACUUUGUGCAGCUGGUCGCCCUGCGAGACUUCGAGUGGGAGAACCUGGUGCGAUAUUUGUCGGACCCCACGGCGGCAUGGAAAGCGCCCGGGGUGUACGCCGUGGAAAAUUCAGCCAAUAUGACCAAGAUGGUGAGGUAUGCCAUCUCCCAAAAGCUGAUGGUCCCACUGCAAAUGUGGGCCUUGCUGCUGAAGCUGGCUGCCGAUGACGUACCGAAGCGCGGCUACGUGUAG